CAAGAAUAGUAUACUUCUAUCGUAAUAUAGUGAGAUGACUAUGGAUAGCUCAUCAUCAAGCAAUCCCAAAAGUCCCAUGUUACCUCCAGCAUCCCGGGACACAAACAAAUGGUGGAUUACUAUUAAUAAGGUAAUAGAUGUUGAAGAAGCCAAGGAUCAAAUACUCUUCUCUUUGCCAAUGAUUGUUGUGACAAGUUGUUUCUACUUCAUCAACCUUGUCUCAGUCAUGUUUGCUGGUCAUCUUGGCAAACUUGAACUUGCUGCCUCAAAUCUUGGUAAUUCAUGGGCUGAGGUCUCUGGUUUGUCUUUCAUGGUUGGCUUAAGUGGUGCACUUGAGACAUUAUGCGGCCAAGGGUAUGGAGCUAAAAUGUACAAAAUGAUGGGGAUACAUCUUCAAAUAUCAUGCAUCAUAUCAUUCUUAUUUUCUACAACAAUUGCUAUUAUCUGGUGGUAUUCUGAUAAGAUUCUCAUUUUAUUUCAUCAAGAUCCUGACAUAGCAAAAGAAGCAGGGGUGUUCUUGAAAUUCCUCAUACCAGGAUUAUUUGCAUAUGGCUUCUUGCAAAAUGUUUUGGCGUUUCUUCAAGCACAAUCAAUUAUAAUGCCUCUGGUUGUGUGUUCAAUUGGAUCUUUAGUUAUACACAUUGGCAUUGCCUAUGGCUUGGUUCAUUGGACAAGUCUUGGUUUUAAAGGAGCACCAUUAGCAGCUUCAAUUUCAAUUUGGAUUUCGAUCCUCAUGUUGGGUGUAUACGUGUUUUUCUCAAAGAGAUUCAGUCAAAUCUGGAGGGAUGGUCUCUUGUUCGUGUCGUUUCAUGAUAUCCUCAUAAACUUGAAGUUGGCUUUGCCCUCUGCUGCCAUGAUAUGUUUGGAGUACUGGUCUCUUGAGCUUCUUGUGUUAUUUGCUGGUUUGAUGCCAAACUCAGAAACAACUACUUCCCUAAUUGCAAUCAGUGUUAAUACUGAAGCCAUUGCCUACAUGGUGUCAUAUGGUCUGAGUGCAGCUGCAAGCACCAGGGUGGCAAAUGAGUUAGGAGCUGGAAAUCCUGACAAAGCUAAACAUGCUAUGGUUGUGACUCUCAAGCUAUCUGUUCUUCUUGUUCUUAUAGUUGAUUCGGCUCUAUUUUUUGGUCAUAAUGCUUGGGCUGGCCUCUUCACUGAUAGCCCAGAAAUAAUAAAAAAGUUUGCCACCAUGACACCUCUUCUCUUGAUCUCCUUUGUAUUCGAUCUCUUUCAAGGAAUUUUAUCAGGGGUGGCUAGGGGAUGUGGAUGGCAGCAUUUGGCUAUGUGCAUCAACUUGGCUACAUUAUAUUUCAUUGGCAUGCCAAUAGCUGGCCUUCUUGCUUUCAAGUUCAACCUACAUGCUCAGGGUUUAUGGAUGGGCUUGAUAUGUGGUCUAGCUUGCCAAGCUUCUGGCUUAUUGCUAUUGACAUUGUUGAUCAGAUGGGAAAAAGUGGAAGCCUCAACAAAGUGCAAUAGAGAAAAUGAACUUCAAGCUUAAGCAUGAGUUAAUGAGAAUCACUUGCUUAUUGGCCAUUGGUGGGCUUGUUGCCAUUAUUGAUUGUGGGCGUAUUAUGUGCGGCCCAAUAAGGUUAGGUCAAAGAAAAAAGGGAAAUUUAUGUGGUGUAGAGAACAUAUAAGAGGUAUUUAUAUUUAGUAACUAAACUUUACUUUAAUUACAUCUUGUAGCUAAAUAUUGUAUUUCAAUUACACAAGGUAACUAAUACAGCAACAUACAGUUCCUUUCCCUGCAUCAAAAUUCAAAACCCAUAA